UAUGGCGGAUGAUACGUUAAAACAAGUAGAAAAACAAGACUUACUAAAAUCUCAGAAACCACUUCAGUGUAGAUUCCAUGACACAGAAGAAUACCAGAUCUUCUGUAAAGAUUGUAAGGAUUUUAUGUGUUUUAAAUGCCUAGGACAGUUACACCAAAAGCACGACCUGAGCCCAUUGCGAGAUUCCGAGGUAGAUAUAAGGACAGAAAUGGAGGCUCUGAUGUUUAGGGGAAAAUAUGUUGAACAACUUACUGCACUUAGUGAUAAGCUGUCGGAGAAUAAGAAUAAACUUGCACAAGACGAGGAAAAUUUAAAUUGUGAAAUUAGAACUAGUGUUGAAAAAAUGAAGCAAAAAAUAGACUUGUUAGAGGAAAAUAUAUUGUCUGAGUUACGAAAUACAUUCAAAAGCUAUCAAACAACACUACAAGAGCAAAAAACAAACGUCAAUAAUUUACAAACUGAAAUAACUAAUUUAGACAUUGAUAAGCUUCCCGAGUAUAACCUUAACCAUAUUAUUAAUAUUAUGUCUGAAAUGAAAGUAUGUUCCUCAACGUGUGACAGAAUUAUAAAUCAUCCAAAACCGAACUUUAAACCAACUAUGGAGUUUUCAAUUGGGAAUGUAAUCCUUUCAGAUGGAAAUAAUAAAGGUGAUGUAUCAGCAUGGCCCUCGUGUUCUGACAUGUCAAUUCAAACAGAUUUUUCUGAGGAUUCAGACAUUGAAUGGUUUGAUGCUGAAGACAUGGAAAAAGAUGAUUUCAUAGAAAGCUCAUCCGAUGAAGUAACAGAUGAAAUAGAUGAAUAUCCGAUUAAUUUCCUAUUGAAGCAGGAUAUAAAGCGUGUUCGAAAAAUAGUUCCUAUUUCUGAAAAGGAUGCUUGGAUCAUUUCGAACCGGAAGUUGCUUAAAAUUGUCGAUCAUUCCUUGCAAGAUGAUGUGUACGCAGAGAUAGUUGAUGAUAUUGUUGUUCUUAAAGAUGGCUGUGUCUUGGUACUUCGUUCUGAUGAAUCCUUUGUAAUGAAACUACUUCCAAAUAGACGACUAGUUCGAUUUGCAGACGUUGGUAUCAUGUGUACAUAUAUAAGGUGCAAUCCAUAUUGCAUUUGCAUAAAAGAUGACAUAGUAGUAACAUAUAAUUGGUCUAUUACAGGAGGUAAACAUUACGGAUAUACUUGCUGCAACCAUAUCAUAUGGAUGAACACAGAUGGAAUAGUAACUGAACGCUCGUUAUUUUCUAAUAGUGUUUGGAAGCGACCAUGUUCCAUACAAAAUUUAGAAUCAGGCGUGUGUGUCUUAUAUCGUGUAGACAAUGAAUCUAACUUGCAUUGUAUAGAGCUUUUAGAGGCAAAAUCUGAUAAAUGUAAUAAACUUUAUUGUUUUAAAGGGAUAUAUGGGUUUAAUCCAGAGAAGAACUUUGAAUGUAAAGGAAUGUGCGUCGAUAAAGCUGGCAACACAUUAGUAUCAGACUAUCGUCACCACAGUGUGUAUGUACUUGACAAAGAGUUGAAGUACAAGAAAACAUUAUUCGAUGCAAGAAACGGACUGGACAAACCAGCGGCUAUCGGUGUUUUCAAUAACCAUCUGUGGGUUGCCGACGGAAAUCAAAUAUUCAUUUUCAAUUAUGAAUGUGAAGACAGUAGUUAAACUUUGUCACAUCUAUGGAAAAAAGUCAACUUUAAAGCUUCUGAUUUGAUGAACGGACAUGAAGACUUCGCUUACAAAAUAAAAGGUAAAAUAAAAUGAAAUACCGAACUCCAAGGAAAAUUUAAAAUGGAAAGACUUUAUCAAAUGGCAAAUUUAAAGACGAAUGGAACAACUGUCAUAUUCCUAAAUGGUGGAUUGAACCUAAUAUUAAUAGCUAGUUAAACCUAUCACUUGUAUGAAAGUCGCAAUGAAUUCCAUUAUAUAGACAACAAAUAUGUGAGCAAAACAAACCGACAGAAUUGGUACAAAUGUCAAAAAUACAAUUCAUUCAUAAUGUCAGUGAUAUAAUUCAACCAACAGUAUAAAU